CUUGUUGACUACUGUAGACAAUCUAUUGUGUUGAUUAAUUAAUAUUAAAUCAUGCCUUCGACAAAUGACGACGACGAUCCUUAUGCACAUGCUGCUAAAGGACCUCUUAAAUUAAAAAACGAUCAGACCGUGAGCAAAAAGAAAAAGAAUAAAGAUAGCAAAAGUAAGAAACUAGUGGAGAUAGCCAAUAAAAUCGAAGAGGAGAUACCACGGAAUAUUGAAAUAAAGCGUACAAAGGCGGAAAUAGCUUUUCAAAAAAUGCAAGAAAAAAUGCAAAAUGAGAGGAUAAAACAGAAGGCUUCUAUGACACACAAACAACGCGUCGAAGAAUUCAAUAGGCAUUUGGAUAGUUUGACAGAGCACUUUGACAUACCAAAAGUCAGCUGGACCAAAUAAAGGCACUGUUUAUUUUUCGACACAUUUUUAUUUAUUUAGAUUAUAAAUAACUCGUAUGUCGUAUGAAAAAAAGUGUAAUACUAUAUCUAUAUAAUACGUCUAUAUUUAUCAUGCUUUUAGACUAAUCAAAUGUAUAAAAUUUUCAUUCAUUAAAUAAUUCAUUAAAUAAAGUAAUAAACUAUUUUCAAUAUUCUAAUAUCGGUGAAUAAAAUAACGUUGUUGUAUGCAUAUUAAUAUCCACUGUAUGUACAUUAAAGCACAAUUUGGACGGAAUA